AUGUGUCAAGACGAAGCCACUCUCAACGGAUGGACGGCCGUACCCGUCGAUGCUGGCAGGAUCUUUGGUGAUCUACCGUUCUUGAACGAGCCCUCGCCGGUAAGCAUCAGGGACAUCAGUUUUCCUUCCGACGACCCUGUGGUGGCACAGACGCUACGAUACGCCCAGGAGCGUUUGCAUGCGGAGACUUUCAACCAUUCCAUGAGAGUCUUCUACUAUGGUAUGAUAAUCAGCAAGCAGCAAUUUCCCGACAAGGGGGCUGCUCUCUCUCCCUCAACGUGGGCACUGGCCUGUCUCCUCCAUGACAUUGGUACGGCCGAUGAGAACCUCACGGCCACCCGCAUGUCGUUCGACAUCUACGGCGGCCUCAAGGCCCUCCUGGUCCUCAAGAACCACGGUGCCACCCCAGACCAGGCCGAGGCUGUCGCCGAGGCCAUCGUUCGCCACCAGGACACGGGAGUCGACGGGACCAUUACGUUCUUGGGGCAGCUGAUCCAGCUGGCGACGCUGUACGAUAACGUUGGCCGUCAUCCCUGCGUCAAAGACUUUGGCAAGAUGAUCCACGAGACGACGAGGGCCGAGGUUAACGAGACGCAUCCGCGUAGGAAGUGGUGUUCGUUUUUCGCGAGCACAGUGAGGAAGGAGGUAGGAUUGAAGCCGUGGUGCCACUCAACGCAUAUCGUCAACUUUGAUAAGGAGGUUGAGAGCAACACGCUCAUGAGUGCGUGGGAGUAA